AUGCUUUGGCAGACUGAUAUCGUCUUCUCUUUCGUAUCCUUGCUGUGGGGAAGCUACUUUUGCUUCAAGAUGGGGAAUGUUUCGACGAUCAGCAAAAACCUGAAGAUUAUUAUGGUGAGUUACAUAGGAAGUACACGUAUAUUGUUUGAGAUCCCCCUUGAAAACUUGGACUUGACCAUGAUUUUCGGACAAAAAGAUUUCUUUAAAUUUUACACACACGUCGGGUAUGGACUAAAUAUCAAUUCCUGAAAGUUUUAGCUCGCGCUUUGCCGGCGCCGCCGAGAUAUCGAACGAUUUUUGCCGCCAAGAGGAUUUUUGGCCAUAACUUUGGCAGUUUCGUGCGGAAAAAUUUGAUUUUUUGUGGAAACAUUAUCCUUUACGGUUGAAAUAGGCAUGAAACUUUUCGAGCCGAAAUUCGGCAAAAAGCCCUAAAUUUUGGAUAACUUUCGAUGUAAAAAUCUCGGUUGUCUCUGCAAAGCGCGAGCUAGAAUUCUCGCAUAUAUCUUAGAAAAAAUUAUUCUAAAUUUGUGCCAAGUUUCAUCAAAAUUUGAGCGUCGCACUUGGAGUACUUCCCCUGUAAAUUUUUUUUUCGUAAAAGCAAGCCUCAUAAAAACCAAUGUAUCCUUCUACGAUUAAAUUUCCAACUGUUUCACGUCUUUUUUGAGCGAUUUUCUUGCACUCUGGACUUUCAGAUUUUCUACACGGCCUCCUGUCUUUACAUUACAUUGUGUCACAGUCUCAGAUACCUGGUUCCGAACGAAUAUGUUGCUGUCGCCGAAGGCCGUUAUUUCAACGCGUUUUUUUGCAACGGGAUUAUGUUUUUGGCGCACUUGCAGUUGACUAUGCUGCAAUUCCAAUACCUUCAUGUUGUGAUCGAGCGGAUCUCCGCGUUCAGAGAAAGAGGGAAAUAUGAUGAGAAAACGGACACUUCAGCUUAUCGUCAGCUGUUCGUGAAUGUAAGUUACAGUCUUCUGCCAUUUAAAAAGUUUCCUAAAGAUGUCAAAUUUACCUUUAAGAUAGCUAAGUAAGGGUUUUGUUGUCUCUCAUCACUCUAUCAAACUAUAAUUUUGCAGUUAAAAAGUCUUCACAAACUACGGUCUUUUAAUGUUUCAGUUCUGCGUAUCCCUUGCCCUUCUACUAGUCAAAAUGCGAGUUAUAUGGUAUCUCUACCAAAGUGUACCCCUUGACCUUCGUCUCAUCAAAAUAACUCAUAUGCUUUCAUCAGUAUGGAGCACCUUCUCCAUUUUUGUGGUCACAAUAAUCUCCGUGGUGUCGGCGGCAAUUGUAAGUGUUCCUUUGUUUAUUGAAGAGCCGCAGCGUUUAGUUGUUCUACCGUUUGCAUCAGAAUGUCAAACAAGAAGAAGGGAAGUGCUACAACCUCAAAGAGCGAUACGAAAUUGAGCAGACAAAGUACGUUCUCCGUUAUGUCCGAGGACUUCUUUGCCUAAUCGUUGCACUUCUUGUUGCCGCAGCCGCUUGUUUUUUCGCUGCGCUUUAUUUCAUGGGCUACAACGAGGAGAGCGAAGACGACACCAAUAUGAUGUGUGUGAAAGCCGUAAGUUUGUGGAUGGUAGACCACAAUUAUACCCAAAUUUAUAGUUAAUGCAUAUGUCGUUGGCCGGGUACAACUUGUUCUGCAUGGUGUUUAUGAUUAUAAAGUUCCCGGAGCUGAGAAAUUCCAUACUGAGGGACCUGCCAUUUCGUCCAUGGAACGCCGAACUUGCUGCUAGCAGGGUGGCGGUGGUGUACGGAUCGGAAGCGUACUUCAAGCAGCUACAGAGCUCUUGGACUUGA